GGUAAGCGAGCGUAAGAAGCCUCCUACCCUCCUGUACUGUAUAGUGUACACCAUGGCAGUGCUGCAGAGGAACACGAGCGUCCUGUGCUUCGUGGCCACCCUCAUGGUGGCUAUGGCUACCACCCUUCUUCUCUCCCCAUGCGACGCCCAUAAAAAGGGAGAUGAGACUGCUGCAUUUCCCUUGCCGGCGUCGUGCUACUCCAUCUCUUUCCCAAACUGUACCGACGACAAGUGCAAGAAGUUUUGCGGCGGCGAAGGCAAGCCGCCGGCCCCCAAGGCCUUCUGCAAUGACAACAACAACUGUUGAUGUCCUGUAAUUCAAUUAUAAGCGUCUGCUGAAGCAACUGAGCUAAGAAAUAAUCAAAUAUGACAAUAUUGAUAAUUA